AUGCAAAAGGACGUGUCAAAAGCAUCGGAUACUGUCAAUAAUAAUCAUUCUACUAAUGGUACACAGAUAACGACAGCACAAAACUGGCGAUAUUUCGGUGGAAGAUGGAGAGGAGGUAGAUCGACUUAUUAUGGUUAUCGUAAUCAUCCGGCAUUUUUUGGUCCGUUUGCGGAAUUUUCAACACCUCCACCUGCUGUUUUUGACAUACCACCGCGUGUACUACCCGCCAAUAUGUUUAAUGCCAAUGUGGUACCACCUUGUGAAAGAGACGCUCAGUUCGAAAUGCAGUUUGCACCUUUUAUGAAUCAUUCCCCAUCAUAUCAGUUUAACAGUUAUUUGCCUCGCUUUCAUAAAGAUGCACCUCCUUUAUCUUUAAAUGCCAGUGGUGCUAUUCAUCCAUCAUCAUCAUCGUCCUCAGCAUAUAAUCGUCAUUCUAUAAGAGGUAGAAAAAUGCAUCGUUGCAAAACAGAAAGGAAAGAUAUCAAGGAUUUGCGGCAUAAUUGUCAAGAACUUCCAUCUGAGCAGUUAUCGCGACUAAGCUUAGAAGGUGGGUUAGCUGACGCCCAAGAAGGCUAUGGCUGUCCGCCUUCAUAUGUUAUGGAGAGCUAUCGUGGUCAAACUGAGUUGAUUACAGCACCACAUGAUUGUCGACUUUUUAAAGAUAAUUCUAAUUCAGUAACACCGCUUUCUGUAAACGGAACUUUUCGAAAUAAUAAGGAGAUGGCUCAUCGCGAACAUGAAUCACUGCAAACAUUACGAGAUAGGCUGAAGAAGCAGCUGGAAGAAGAAAGCUAUGAGUGCAUGAUUUGCUGCCAAGUCAUACGUGCCAGUGAGUGGAUAUGGACUUGCAAAAAAUGUUACCAUAUGUUCCAUAUUAAUCGUGCGAAUUCAUAUGGUUGCAUAACGCAAUGGGCAGCUAAAAGUUUCCAAGCAGAUAUCGGCUGGCGUUGCCCAAGUUGUCAGAAUGUUACUUUUGAAAUUCCCAAACAGUAUCGAUGUUUCUGUACUAAAAAGCUGAAUCCUCCAACACAAAGAUUCCCGGAUAUGCCUCACUCCUGCAAUUCAGUUUGUGGGAAAAUUCGUGGUGCCGGUUGUACUCAUCCGUGUACAGACCAGUGUCAUCCAGGGCCUUGUGCAGAAUGUCCGCUUACGCUUACUCAAAAAUGCAACUGUGGCCGGGAGACUAUUGCUGGUCGCUGCGGUAAGCAACUGGAAUUUAAGUGCUCAAUGGUGUGUGGGAAGACGCUCAAUUGCGGGUUACAUAAAUGCGAAGUUACUUGUCACCAAGGAGAUUGUAGCGUUUGUGAAUAUGUUGUUACUCAAAAAUGUUUUUGUGGUCUUGAAGAGCGUGUCGUGCCUUGUACAGCUUUAAAUUUGAAAGUUACUUCAUUUAGUUGUGGUGCUCCAUGCACUGGGAUGUAUGCAUGCGGUGUACAUAAAUGCGAACUCAAAUGUCAUGACAAACAUGGAAAAGAUGAUUGUGGACUGUGUAGUUUAUCACCAAAAAAGAAGGAAUAUUGUCCCUGUGGACGAACACUUAUUGCAGAGCUACUGAAUAUGGAGCGAACAUCUUGUACUGAUCCAGUUCCCACAUGCAAAAGUGUUUGCGGCAAAGUUCUAGCUUGUGGUCCAGAGGAUCAACCGCAUCGCUGCAUUCAACUAUGUCAUGUGGGAUCCUGUUCUGGUUGCCCUUCAAGUUGUUUGAUAAGUUGCAGGUGUAAAGCCUUGAAAAAAAUAAUACCAUGCAAAGAAUUUAUUCUUUAUUCAGCCGAAAAUCCGUAUCUUUGUCUGCGACGGUGUAAAAAAUUGAAGACCUGCCAGAAUCAUCGGUGCCGUGCUGUUUGUUGUGUUGAUGAGGAGCAUGUUUGUAUGCAGAUCUGCGGUAAAAAACUGAAUUGUGGAAUUCAUAAAUGUGACCGAUUAUGUCACGUUGGGCAAUGUUCUCGAUGUUUGCAAGCAAGUUUCGAGGAACAACACUGUUUGUGUGGGCAGACCGUCCGCGAACCACCGAUCCCGUGCGGCACACCACUUCCACCUUGCAAUCAGCCGUGUUCACGACAACAUUCCUGUAAUCAUCCUCCAAUGCACAACUGCCAUGCUGAGCCUGAGUGUCCACCUUGUACUGUGCUUACUCAGAAGCCAUGUUACGGUGCACACGAGAUACGCGCAAAUAUUCCAUGCUUUUUAAACGAUGUUUCUUGUGGACGCCCGUGUGAUAAGAAACUGUUGUGCAAUGUACAUCGAUGUAAACGAAUUUGUCACGUAGGACAAUGCUUGUGUGCGAACGGUUUGACUGAUGUUGAAAAGGCUUACCAAAAGUUGUUAUCACUAAAAGUAAUGGAGGAUAAAUAUUCGAAUCUGUCUGUCGAGAAACGUCCAUUAAAAAAAAGUUUAAGCGCAGAAAAAUAUCGUUGCCUUCCAUGCGAUGUAGAAUGUCAACGAGCACUGAGAAAUAGAAAACUGGCAAGAAUAUUAAAUAUUUCUCAUCCAGAUGCAGUUGAUGCUUUAUCUGCUUUUUUGAAAAAUAAGUUAAAAACGAAUUACAAAGACAUUUUGGACGUGGAAGACACAUUGAUUGAACUUCUACAUGAUUUAAAUGCGCAACCAAAUGUGACGUCUGUUAGUCACUCAUUUCCACCAAUGCAUUCGGAGCUGCGUCGCAUAAUUCAUGAAUACAGCGAACAUUUUGGCAUCGAAACAGUCAGUUAUGGCCAGGAACCACAAAGAAAUGUAGUCGCCACCGCUAAGCGGGAUGUAAGUUAUAUGCCAGCUGUUCUUCUUACGGCUUCUAAAAGAUACGCGACAGAAUCAUCUAUGUUAGCAUCAAGCAGUGCAGCAUUCGCUCCAUCCAAGACUCUAUCACCGAUUUCAAAAAAUUUUUCAUGUGUUGGAAGUAAGAUGCAGCAACUGCAUUCAGAAGGCAAAGCGCUAAAACGAGGUUUGAAAGAACCAUUGAUGUCACAAAAAUAG